AUGCAGGAAAUUGCUUGCUAUAUGGGUCUGGAGCUUGGAAAGAUUAAGAUCAAACAUUUUGCUGAUGGAGAAAUUUAUGUUCAGUUACAAGAGAGUGUUCGAGGAUGUGAUGUGUAUCUUGUGCAACCUACAUGUCCUCCAGCAAAUGAGAAUCUUAUGGAGAUUUUGAUAAUGAUUGACGCUUGCCGUCGGGCAUCAGCCAAAAAUAUCACUGCUGUAAUUCCUUAUUUUGGAUAUGCCCGGGCUGAUCAAAAGACUCAAGGGCGUGAAUCGAUUGCGGCCAAACUCGUGGCGAAUUUGAUUACUGAAGCCGGAGCUGACAGGGUUCUAGCGUGUGACCUCCAUUCUGGACAAUCCAUGGGAUAUUUUGACAUUCCGGUGGACCAUGUGCAUGGCCAGCCUGNUUAUGGACAAGACUAUGAUGUAAUAUACUACCAUUUUGCACCUUUGAGUACUCUGUGUCCUCCUGCAGUAGAGAGACCGUCAAGCGGACUAUUUCAAGAGGUAAUCAUAACAAACACCAUUCCAGUGGCAGAGCAGAACUAUUUUCCACAACUUACAAUAUUAUCGGUGGCAAACCUGUUGGGCGAAACUAUAUGGCGUGUUCAUGAUGAUUCUGCUGUAAGUUUUUAUCUGAAUUUCAUUUUUAUUUAG